AUGGUUAAUGCAGAGGAGCGGCUCGGGCAGGCGCGGCCCUUGGUGCAGGAAAUUGGAAUCUCCAAAGAAGAGGCACUGGAAGCAUUACAGGUUGUGAGGCAGGAAUGUCACGGGGAUGCAGCAAGGACUGCUGGGGGAUCAGGUGCCACCAGAAAGUGCACAGCACUGGAACUUCUGGAAGAAGAGCAAGCCCAGGGCUUCAUCAUCACCUUUUGUUCAGCACUAGACAAUAUUCUGGGAGGUGGUGUGCAGCUAACAAAAAUCACCGAGAUCUGUGGAGCGCCUGGUGUUGGGAAAACACAGCUAUGUAUGCAGUUGGCAGUAGACGUACAGAUCCCAGAAUGCUUUGGGGGCGUAGCCGGAGAAGCUGUGUUCAUUGAUACUGAAGGAAGUUUUAUGGUAGACAGAGUAGUGGAUAUUGCAACUGCCUGCGUGCAGCAUUGCCAGCUUAUUGCUGAAGCUCAUCGAGAAGAAGAUCAUCUAAAAGCUUUGGAGACUUUCACUCUUGAAAGUAUCCUUUCUCACAUAUAUUACUUCCGUUGCCGUGACUACAUAGAGCUUCUUGCACAGGUCUACCUCCUCCCAGACUUUCUUUCAGAGCAUUCAAAGGUCCGACUGGUGGUAGUUGAUGGAAUUGCAUUUCCUUUUCGCCAUGACUUUGAGGACCUCUCACUUCGAACAAGGCUUUUGAAUGGUCUGGCCCAACAGCUGAUCAUCAUCGCAAAUGAUCAUAAAUCAGCGGUAAUUCUGACAAACCAAAUGACAACAAGGAUUGGACAAAGCCAGUCCACAUUGGUACCUGCUUUAGGAGAAAGCUGGGGACAUGCUGCCACUGUCCGUUUAAUCUUUCACUGGGACAACAGUCAGAGGUUGGCAACAUUGUACAAAUCACCGAGUCAGAAGGAGUCAACCAUACCAUAUCACAUUACAUCUCAUGGCUUCCGAGAUGUGCAGCCUCCAGCUGUCACUCAAAAUGCAGAAGAUACUGAAAUGAACCCUCGCAAACGGCCACGGAGAGAAGAGGAAAACAGGAGGCGAGGCCGGGCCGAGCCGCCCCCAGCCCCGGCCCCGCUUACCCGCCGUCCCCGACCUGGCAACGAGCGGGAGCCCGCGGAGGCGACACCGGCGCCGGAAACGAUGAGCGCAGGGAAAUCCUGA